CUGUGUGAGGUGCAGCAUGUAUGUGAGCGUGUGCGCGCCUCCGCCGCCGCCUGUGUUUGCAUGUGCGCCUGUCACUGCUGCCGGGUUUGGCGCAUCUGGAGCGGACCGCGGCUUUUCUCCGAUGCCCCUCACACAACGGAUAGUCCGCGCCGUCCGUACACCCCCUGCCGCCUUCUGCCGUUUGAAUCCGGCCUCAGCUGUGUCCUGCGUGCCCGUCUCCAUGCUGUCGGAGGCAUUUUGAAUUUCCUUGGCAACAUGGAGCUGCGUGCAUUAGAAUUCUCUGCAUGACAGUCCUGGCGAGCAGCGGGAUGGUGUCUGGGGAGGCGGGGGGGCACAGCUACCUGGUGGCGUGCUGGCAGCCCAUCCUGAUCCUGAUGCUGGGCACCGUCCUCUCCGGCUCCACCACCGGUUGCCCCUCCCGAUGCGACUGCAACGCUCAAGAACGUUCGGUUGUUUGCCAUCGACGGAGACUGGCAGCUCUUCCUGAAGGCAUCCCCACGGAAACACGGCUGCUGGACCUCAGCAAGAACCGCCUGAAAACUCUCGGGACUGAGGAGUUCAUUAACUAUCCUCAGCUGGAGGAGCUGCAACUUAACGAAAAUACCAUUUCGUCCAUUGAGCCUGGGGCUUUUGGCAACCUUAUGAACCUGCGGAUUCUAGGUUUGCGAAACAACCAGCUGAAACUCAUUCAGCUGGGUGUAUUCACAGGCCUGACAAACCUCACCCAGCUGGAUAUUAGUGAGAAUAAAAUUGUCAUUCUGCUCGACUAUAUGUUCCAGGAGUUGUACAACCUGAGGGCUCUUGAAGUUGGUGACAAUGACUUAGUAUUCAUUUCACCCCGAUCAUUUCACGGUCUCAGCAACCUUGAAAGCCUCAAUAUUGAGGGAUGCAAUCUGGCCUCAGUCCCCACUGAUGCCCUAAGCCAUCUGCACAACCUGUUGUCACUUCGAUUGCGCUAUCUCAACGUCACUGUCAUACGGGAUUACUCCUUCAAGAGACUGUAUCGGCUCAGAGUGCUGGAGAUUUCUCAUAUGCCUGCCCUGGAUCUGAUGACCCCAAAAUGCUUAUUUGGACUGAACCUCACAUCACUGUCUGUCACAAACUGUAAUCUUACCGCCAUCCCCUAUGAAGCCAUCAGUCAUCUACGGCAUCUUCGGUUUCUGAAUCUGUCUUUCAAUCCCAUUCGCACUGUGGAAGGGAACCAACUGUACAAUCUGCAGAAGCUCCAAGCUUUUCAGUUGGCUGGCGGAAAAUUAGCAUCUAUUGAGCCCUACUCUUUCCGAGGCCUCAAUCAUCUCCGCGUUCUUAACGUAUCCAGCAAUAGUCUGAGCACCCUGGAGGAGUCUGUCUUUCACUCAGUGGGAAACCUGGAGACGCUGGCUUUGUACGACAACCCUCUGGCCUGCGACUGCCGCCUACUCUGGGUCUUUCGCCGAAGGUGGAGGCUCAACUUUAACCGACAGCAGCCCAUGUGUGUUUCACCCGAGAUUGUGCGCGGAAAGGAGUUCAAGGACUUCCCUGACGUUCUCCCUUCUCACUACUUCAUCUGCCGCAAGUCGAAGAUUGUGGAUUAUAAAGUUCAAGAAAGCCAUGUGGAUGAAGGAACUACAGUCCAUUUUGCUUGCCAAGCGGAGGGGGAUCCAACCCCCACCAUAAUUUGGCUGUCCCCUAAGAAGGAAUAUAUUACCACCAAAACUAUGGGCUCACGACUUUCGGUGUCCACUGAUGGCACGUUGGAGGUGCGUUACGCCCAAAUCCAAGACAACGGGACCUACUUGUGCAUUGCGAGUAACGCAGCAGGUAAUGACACCAAAGCUGCUCACCUGUUUGUGCAUAGCUACUCUCCCAAUUGGCCUCAUCAGCCAAACAAAACAUUUGCCUUCAUUUCCAACCAACCCAGCGACGAAGUUGCUAAUGUGACCCGGGCCACAGUUCCAUUUCCAUUUGACGUAAAAACACUUAUCAUUGCAACCACCAUGGGAUUUAUCUCUUUCCUCGGUGUUGUCCUCUUCUGUCUUGUAAUUCUGUUCCUGUGGAGUAGAGGGAAAGACAAUGCAAAGUCCAGUAUAGAGGUCGAAUACGUACCACGUAAAGAGGAAACGGAGGAAGCCAGCCCCACCGAGGCACCAGUACAAUUCAACAUGAAAAUCAUGUGAAGUUUAAAGGAAGUUCAUUUAAGCUUAUGAACUGCAGUCAGGAUGCAUACUAUCCUCGCUUCAAAUACGUACUCAUUUUAUGAGAGAUAUUAAUUGCACAGCAGCAAAAGCAUCUUGACACUAUACCCCAAAACUUUUCUUUUCUUCUUUUUCUUCUUUUUUUUUUUUUUUUUUUUUUUACUUCAGGGACUGACUCUUUAACAUCAAGUGAUGGAUUUCAAAUAUUCUCAUUUCUGUAAAAUUAUAUUGGGAAUAUCCAGUCAGAACAUUAAUGUGCACACAUGAAUACAUGAAAUACUUAAACUACAGGAUUGUAGACCGAUUGCCCCAGUUUAAAUACGUUUACAUGAUAUUUUGUUACCUGAUGUUAUCUUUCAAAAAACGCUAAUUCAGACCUUAAUGUUGUUCAUUGCCUUUUACCUUAAUGGAUUUAAAAAGCACAAUAAUGCACAUUUAGUGGUAGAGUUUAUUUUUCCUCAUAUCAAUGAGUACAAGAGGCAGAUUUUUGAGAUUGAUGAGAAACAAAUGUGGUUUAGAAUAAAUUGUAUUUUGAGAGAAACCCUAUUAUGACAAAUGAUAGCAUUGACAAACAUGUUACAUAAAAACAUAAAUAUCAGGAUCAUUUAUUAUUUUCAUGUUGUAAAUCUUUCAACAAAAACAUUUUGACUUACACAGAAAAGAUAUUUUUAGUGUAAAAAAAAUCAGUUUUACAGUGCAUUGCAGUUGCAAUAAUUGGGGUACAUAAUGAAUCUGGUUACAGUUAAACUGUGCAUUCAAACACACC